AUGGGUUCCAAACGUCUCACUACGCUCGCCAUACUUGCCGGCCUUACCACCCUCGCAUUCGCAGCAGAGGGCAGGCCUCGCGGAAAUUUUAGACAAUGCACAGAAGUCACACCUCAAUGUCCCGCCAUCGCAACAACAUACGGCUACUAUCCUAUCUUGAGCAUCAACGCAUUCUUCCUCGCCCUCUUCGGACUGUGCUGCCUUGCCUCCUUGGUCAUUGGCGUCUGGACAAAAACAUGGACAUACACGAUCGCACUCGGUAUUGGAACGCUUCUCGAGACAGCUGGCUACGCAGGACGCAUUCUCAUGAACGACAACCCAUGGAGUGACUCUGGAUUCCGCCUGCAGAUUGUCUGCCUGAUUCUCGGUCCUUCACUGGUAGCCGCCGCCAUCUACCUGACACUAAAGCACUUUGUGCUAUACUGUGGGCCACAAUACUCCCCGCUCAAGCCGCGUCUGUACCCCUGGGUCUUCAUCGGCUGCGAUAUUGGAUCAAUUGUUCUGCAGGCUUGUGGUGGAGGCAUCGCUGCAUCAGGUGGAAACAGCAACAUCAAACUACUCGACGCUGGAAAUAACCUUAUCAUCGCUGGUAUUGCGUUCCAAGUUGCGACUAUGGCUGGCUGUGGUCUGCUCGUCCUCCUGUACAUCUGGCGAUACCGCAAGGGCGCCCCUUUGAAGGGCCAGGUGAACGAGAAAAGCAACUACCAGCUCAGCAAGGAGCAGGGUACCGUCUCACUUGGCAAGGUCAAGCUGUUCGGUCUUGUUGUUAGUCUGUCAUACCUCACUGUGCUCAUCCGUUGCAUCUACCGUCUGCCAGAGAUGGCCGGUGGUUGGGGCAACCCCUUGAUGCGUAAUGAGAAGGAGUUCUUGUUGCUCGACGGAAUGAUGAUUGGCAUUGCGUGCGUCUGCCUCACCCUCUUCCACCCGGGCUUCUUCUUCCCUCCAUUCGCUGCCUUCCGCCACUGCAAGAGGAGAACCGACUCUGAGUCAACCUGA